GGGGCGCUCUCGAAUAGGAAAAAGAAAUGGAAGAAGAAAAUGUAAGGAAACGUGGAUGUGAAGUGGUUGGCGGUAACGUGGAUAUGCCUGAUGAGGUCCAAGUGGGUUGAACGUAAUGGGCCGCCAUAUAUUGACCCAAAUCGUUUAGAUUUGGUGGCGGAUUAUAUAAGGACGAUGGAGAGAGGUUCGACGAAUCGGCGACAGGGAGAGGGCGAGAUGGUGGACGGUGGCAAGAAGAUCGUGAGGAACGCGAACCAGAAGCAGAAUGGCUGUUCGUCGGUCGCUGACGCGCAAGAAACGCGCCCCGUCGCAGAUAAAAGAUUCGACGCAGAAACAAAGACAAUUUGUACACAAACUCCCAUCGAAGCUACCCAAUUGGACGAGAAAAAUCACUACGAUAAUAAACUAUUGACUGACGCGAAUCAUUUCGCUCCGUCGUGCGUUCAUUUCAAAGAAAAAAAACUGUCGGCAUUUCGGUGUAUCGACGAGGAUCCUGCUCCCCAAUGCCUGAUCGAGGAAGCCCUCGCCAGAGGGACUGAGCGCAUCGAGCAGCGGACAAAGGGGAAAAUAUCGUCGAACAAGGAGGCCGAGUACGAGACGAUCAUAUCGGAGCUGGAAGCGAAGCUGACUCGAACGAAAGAAGAUCUGGAAAUGGCUUUGAAGGCGAAACCAAUCGCGAAAGAAAAGUACAAGAAAUUGUUAGAAAACGCGAAAGCAGAAGCACGUAAAGAGAACGAGAUGUUGCAAGAAAACAUCGUACGUAUUUGUACCUCUGUUUUGGAAAAUUUUGGUCCCCGUACAGUAGAUCAGAGAAGAAGUAGUAAUUACCAAAUUAAAUCUCGUAGAAAGUUAAAUUGUCACGAGAGGAUUGCGAGUAGAUUACGUAAAAAGCUGCACACGACAGUGGCGAGAAUGAACAAAUUGAAACGGGAAUUAGCCGUGACUCGGAGGAAGCUAAAAAGUAAAUGCGAGGAGCACGAGUCGAUCAGCGAAUGCUUCGACCAGCUGAAGCAAGAAAUGGAGGCAACCGAAACGAAUUUGAACAAUCUAAUAAGCGAAAAUCUUUCCUUAAAGAGGAAGAUAGAUGACACGCGGGACUGGUUGCAGCACACCACGGGGAAGGAACACCAUAGGGGGAAUUCUCGAGACGCGUGUAAGAACAGAGAGCUGGUAAAUCUGAAGAAAAAAGUGGAAGAGGAUUCGGCGACCAUUACUCACCUUAAAAACAAAUUAGUACGAUUGGAGUCGGCGAACGCCAACAAGGGAUUUUUACUGAACAGUUACAAAAGUCAGCUGACAGAGUUGACUAAAGAGAAGAAUCAAUUGGUAUCUAAAAUGAACAGCUUGGAAAACGAAGUCAGCAAUGUUCGAAACAGUAACUCACAAUUAAAAGCAAAGAUUUCCGUCUUAAAUAAUGAAAAGGAUAAAUUACUGUCAGACAAUGAAAAAUCGAAGGCGGACAUAAAGGGAAAGAUGGAAACGCAAUGUGCGAAAAAAUGUGGUGAGACAGUGCAACAGGAGAUUGAAGUUGUUAAAGCUAAAUACGAGGAGACUAUUAAGUCCACGAAAAUGAAGUUGCUGGUUAUUAAAGCUCAGAAUAUCGAAUACUUAAACGCCAUCAAGGAAUUUUUGAGAAAACUCUACGAACUCCAAGGAGAUCGUGAAACGCAAAAGUUUUCGAACGAAAAUGAGACAAGCGAAAGAGAAACUCAAGAAACUAUCUGUAAUAUAUUGAAUAUGACACCGGAUGAAUUGUCUGGCUUUAUUAAUGGAAAGACUAAAAAUUCGAUCAACCUGUGGAUGGUCGAAUUAAAUCGUAUAAUUGCGACAAAUCAAUUCUCUAAAGAUCUAUCAAAGUUUCUAUUGAGAAAGGUAACGAAGAAAACAAAGACGUAACAAAGGAUCAGAGAAAUUUGGGGUUCCACGUGUUCUUUUCAAAAUCG